UUUCAUCAUUAGCGUCUCUCUCUCUCUCUCUCUCUCUGAUCAUCGGUAGGUGGAGAAAUGGAGAUGGAGCAAACGGAGAAAGAGGCGAUAAGAGCGGCUUCAGCUGAGGUUUCUCGUGAAUUCAAAACCCUUAUCAAUGCUGACGAUUUGGACUCCCUCAAGCAAUCUCAGCACCUUAUAUUAGGAAGAUUACAGGAUAGCAAUGCAGUACUGGCACAUUUUAAUGAAUAUUCAGAGCACUGCUUUUCAGAGGUUUCUGGAGACUUCUCUAGGAAUACACGUCUUUUGAGGUCUAUGAAGUCAGAUCUUGAUUACAUAUUUCAGAAACUAAGGAGCAUGAAAUCAAGGAUUUUGGCUACCUAUCCGGAUGCAUUUCCAGAUGAUUCAACAGGAGAAGUAGUUGACAGGAGACCGGACCUUGAAAUUCCUCAGUAACAUUAGUCAGUCUGUUCCCAAAUUGCAGCAUGUGUCUUGGUACCAAUUCCCCCUAGGAUUCUUUUUGCUGGGCAAGGUCUGCAAGAUCAAUGUUUUCGGUUAGAGCAAUGUCCUCCAUCAAAAGUUAUGAAAAUUUACAUCCAUGAACUAUCAUCAGGCAAAGGAAGGUAAAUAAAUUGAUUAGAGGCUUGCCGAAUGGUAAUUAAUCCAUUUUAGUUUGCAAAUGGCUCAGGAUUUUGUUCACAGAAACCUAGCUUUUCCGCACUGCUUUCACUUGUGUGGUACCAAAGAACUUACCUUGAAGGUGACUGGCAAUAGUACUCAUACUUUGUAGAAGGCACCAUUGAAUAACGGUUUCUUGAUGCUCCCAUCUUAACAAUCUUAAGCCCACCAUUUUCUCAGAGUUUCAGUUAUUUUGUCACAAAGAGCAAAUGCAUUACUUGUCCAAAGAGUUCAAGUUCUCAUGACUCAUCAAUAUUGAUGUCAGAGAUGGGAAUCCCAGUUUCAUCUUUGUAAUUUAUCGCAUCUAUGUUCUCCCUAAUGCAUUUGUAGUGCAGCUUCAUUGCAAGCUGCAAGAUCAGCCCCAAAAAGCACGAGUUUCCUUGGCUUAUCUUCAGGGAGCUUCAACCUAUAAACUUUGGAAAACGUGUACCUCUAAAGCUGCUCAAAGAUAUUCUAAAUAGUGUGUAUACCGGUAUAUAUUUUUUUUGCAACAGGGUAUACCGGUAUACGCUAUUAUCUCAAUUUGUAGCUCCAAUAACAA